CCCAAACCUCAAUUCGUUUUGUUGUUCACGUUCAUUAUCGCAGAAGCAGAAGGGCAGUAAAAUCGAGCAAAAUAGACGAGGAUAGUCUCCCGUGGCUGAUUUGGUGUUCGUUCUUGCAGUCGUUCAUGAGGUGCUCUUUCUACGAUGACCUCCUCCGUUGAACCUGCAGACGGGAAAAUGACAACAAAACGACCUGCAGACAGUGCAUUCAGGCAGCAAAGGCUACCUGCCUGGCAGCCCAUCCUGACUGCUGGCACAGUCCUUCCGACUUUUUUCAUCAUAGGAAUCGCGUUUAUUCCAGUUGGCAUUGGCUUGCUGUAUUUCUCCGAUGAGGUCAGAGAGUAUACCAAAGACUACACAGAUUGCACUAAUGCCAAUGGUAUAAUGUGUGCUGACGUGAUACUGAAAGAUCCGACGAGCUCUUGUACCUGCGACAUCACUUUCACCCUAGACAAGGACUUUGCAGGGAAAGUUUACAUGUACUACGGCCUGACGAACUUCUACCAAAACCACAGAAGAUACGUGAAAUCCAGGGAUGACAGCCAGUUGCUUGGAAGGCUUAACCCUAAACCUUCGUCUGACUGCAAUCCCUUCACAACAACUAAUGCAAAUGAUACCAGGGCUAUCGCUCCUUGCGGUGCCAUUGCCAACAGUCUCUUUAAUGAUGAAAUAGAGCUAAUAUCUGUUAAGCUUGGCCCAGUGAAAUUAUUGAAUACGGGAAUUGCGUGGCCCUCAGACAAGAAAAUGAAAUUCAACAAUCCCAGUGGUGAUCUGACAGAAGCUUUCAAAGAUUACGCCAAGCCACCCAACUGGCGCAAAAAUGUCUACGAACUUGAUCCUGAGAAUCCAGACAACAAUGGCUUUGAAAAUGAAGAUUUGAUCGUGUGGAUGAGGACUUCAGCACUGCCGACAUUCCGCAAGCUGUACCGGCGAGUGGACCACACUGCAACUGGAUUUGUCCAAGGCCUGCUGGCAGGAAAUUACGUAUUGAAAAUCAAAUACAAUUAUUCUGUGAAACCUUUUGAUGGCACCAAGAGAGUAAUACUGUCCACCACCUCCCUGUUGGGAGGUAAAAACCCCUUUUUGGGCAUCGCCUACAUAGUUGUUGGUUCCAUCUGCCUUCUCCUUGGUGUGCUUUUCCUGCUGAUUCACAUCAAGUGCGGAAAGAGCCACGUCCCUAACUGGUAUCCUAAAUGCAUGGAUAGCUUCAUUGACGCCAUCUCUGAUUUUCUAAGGGUGAUGUUGGAGCCUCCUUUGAAAUGAUAAUUUUCAGAACACCAAUGAAAUGAUCAGCGUUACUUCGCGGACGCCUUACUGAAGAAGAAUGGCGUUACUGCACAGCAGUUUAGUAGUGAAAAGUAUUUAUUUUAAUUUAGUUGCCACUUUUCUGUCUGAUAAAAAUAUUUGUAAUCAACGUGUGAGCAACGCGAUAGUUGGCUGCAUUUGAAGUCAUCAUUCGCCUAAUGUAUUUGUCUGCCAUAAUGACUAGGUGAUUCCUAAUUUUACUAGUCAGUUAAGCUCUUAAAUUUAACGAAGUGUUAUUUCUAAAAGCCGACUUUCAUUGUUAUUUGUUUUAAAUUCACGUCUAAGAAAGAGUUGUUGAAUCAUGCACAUUCCAGUAUUGAACAAGAAGCUUUCAUAGUUGUUUUAGCUGUUACUGAAAAUAAAAUGAAUUAUUGUAUUUUAGUAGAA